AUGAGAAGAAGAGGGUAUGCGAACCUGAAAAGAAAGAGAGAAGGAUGUGAUGAGAUUCACACAGACAUGGACGACAAGCCAGUUACCAAGUCUGCGCAAUUCGAUUCAGGUUCAGACAAGGAGACAACCAUUGAUCCCGAAGAAAAAACCCCCGAUCCAUCGGCGAGUACUGGACCAGGAGGAAAAUCAGCAUCAGACAUGGAGGAGCGAGUAUGGAUGCCUCGCCUUUCAACUGAGGAGGACUGGGUGAGUCUCAACAAACAGUACAGGGACGAGAUCCACCAAAGUCGGGGUUUCGAGGUGACAUGUUGUCCUUAUUAUAGCUUAACUUCAUGUUUUGUUCCUUGGACGUUCAAAGAAAAAACUCAGCGCUCAACUCCGGAGCAAAUCCUUCAAUGGUGUCACCAAUCCAUUGCACUAUUCAACAAACUUCAUUGUUCUCAGAAACCACCCUAUGAGUUGGUUGAUGUUGAGUACAUCACUUGUAUCCAUGCCGGUUUUGGGUAUUACAUAUUUUACAUUACCUUCAAAGCCAAACCAGCAGCUUCCUCCUCCAGCAUCCACAGUGAAGAAGUCUUUUGA